GGAAAAUUUCGUCUUCAGUUUUAAUUUUAAUACUUCAUAUUGAGAUAACUUAAGAAAAACACUGGAUUCAGUUUGCAAUAUAAUCCAAUUAGUCUACUGAGUCGUAUUAACGUAUCUCGUAAAUUUCUUAAUUUUUAUAAGACUUUACGAACUACACAACUUAAGACUGACGUCCUUUUUGAUAUCAGGAAGGAAGGCUUGAAAGUAUUGUAUUGACAUUAUCGUGUUUCCAAACUAGUAGCCGUAAAUAUGAAGCCACAAAAUGUACCACGUAAAAAUAAACAAGAGCGUAAAAAUAAGGAUACAAACCCCCGUCAACAAGGUGACUUUCCUACAUUAGGUGAGUCUUUUGGGCAGCCUUAUGGACAGCUUUAUGGACGAAAUGACCAGCGGAAAAAUAUAGAUGCCGGCUCUAGCGUACGUGAUGAUAAACCAUCAGCAGCAGAUUUAAAUUAUGACUUACCAGAAAUUAUAAAGGAACUAAAGACAUGUCAAAUAACUGAAGAUACCGAAAAAGUUGCUUGUACCUCAGACAAUUUUUGGACAAUGUCAUUCCCAACUGAACAAGAACUGGAUGAUGAUGCUAUAACAUAUAAAAAAAAGCGUAUUAAGCGUCCUCAAAUAUGUUUAGAUUCUAUUAGUACUCAAACAAAUUUUGAUACUCAAGUUGAUGGUUCUGUCUUUCAUCCAACCAUUACAAUAGAUAAAGAAGGCAAUAUAUCUAAUAUUCCGCCGAACGUGAUAACUGAUGGUUUCGGUAUAGUUGGACUUCAAAGCAUGUUGGAACGACGCAAACGCAGUCCUGAGUUAACUUAUCUACAAUUGGGCGUUGACGUAAAUCAGCUCGAUAUCGACUUAAUGUCUGAUUCAUUAAUUUAUCCAAAUUUUGGCGGUGCCUUGAACCCUAUUAUUAAAACAAAAGAUAAGGCACCAUUCAACGGCACUAGGCGCCAAAAUAGUGAAAUGACAGAAGAAAUGCUACUCUAUAUAUUUUAUUCAUGUGCAUCAUUUAGUAAACAAAUGGAAGCUGCUGUAGAGCUAUAUGAACGCGAAUGGCGUUUCCAUAAGAUGUCCAGCGUUUGGAUGCAAAUGGGACCGGACGAAAUCUAUGAACAUGAUGGUCCACGAAUUGCUGGUAUAUUUAAAGUAUUUGAGAAAGAAGAAUGGGGCUGCUUUUUAAAAUAUUCAGUCAUUAACGUUAAUGAUUUAUGUGAGCGUCCUCAACUAAACGCUUUCGAGAACCAAUAA